AUGGACGUGGACAUGGACGUGGACGUGGACGUGGACGUGGACGUGGACAUGGACGUGGACGUGGACGUGGACGUGGACAUGGACGUGGACGUGGACGUGGACGUGGACAUGGACGUGGACGUGGACGUGGACGUGGACGUGGACGUGGACAUGGACGUGGACGUGGACGUGGACAUGGACGUGGACGUGGACGUGGACGUGGACGUGGACGUGGACAUGGACGUGGACAUGGACGUGGACAUGGACGUGGACGUGGACGUGGACGUGGACAUGGACGUGGACGUGGACGUGGACGUGGACAUGGACGUGGACAUGGACGUGGACAUGGACGUGGACGUGGACGUGGACGUGGACGUGGACAUGGACGUGGACGUGGACGUGGACGUGGACAUGGACGUGGACGUGGACGUGGACGUGGACAUGGACGUGGACAUGGACGUGGACAUGGACGUGGACGUGGACGUGGACAUGGACGUGGACAUGGACGUGGACGUGGACGUGGACGUGGACGUGGACGUGGACGUGGACAUGGACGUGGACGUGGACGUGGACAUGGACGUGGACGACGUGGACGUGGACAUGGACGUGGACGUGGACGUGGACGUGGACGUGGACGUGGACGUGGACGUGGACAUGGACGUGGACGUGGACAUGGACGUGGACGUGGACAUGGACGUGGACGGGGACUCGGACGUGGACGUGGACGUGGACGUGGACGUGGACGUGGACAUGGACGUGGACGUGGACGUGGACGUGGACGUGGACGUGGAGGACGUGGACGUGGACAUGGACGUGGACGUGGACGUGGACGUGGACAUGGACGUGGACGUGGACGUGGACAUGGACGUGGACGUGGACGUGGACGUGGACAUGGACAUGGACGUGGACGUGGACGUGGACGUGGACUGA